CACAGCUCACUUCUUUCUCCUCUCCUUCUGAUUCAUACGUGAAAAUGUCAGAAAACGAACGUUCUCCAUCAUCGGAACAUCUAGACCGUAUGAGAACAGAUGACGAAGAUGGACCAAGUCGAAAACGACCAAGGGUGAAUGAAUCAGAUGAAAGAGGAGCUGGAAAUGGGAAUAAAGAUAUGGAGGGUGACGAUGGUGGUGAUGAUAAUGACCCAGAUGAGGAAGAGGAGGAAGAUGAAGAGGGUGAAGAGGAUGACGAGGAUGAUGAAGAUGAUGACGAGGAAGGAAAACGGGCUCCGGAAGAAGGGAGAAAGAAAAAGCGUCGAAGAAAGAAUAAAGUCAAUCGAUUCCUUGAACUCGAAGCGGAAGUAGACGAUGAAGAUGAAGAAGAUGAAGAAGGUGAAGAUUAUGGAGAUGUCGCAGAGUUUAUCGAUGAACAACCUGAAAUACCUGGUACAGAAGAUGACAGAGCUCAUAGAAGAUUAGAUCAAGCUUUAGGUGAAACAGAACAAGAUGAUGUUGAUAGGAUCGUUCAACAGUUGAAAGAAAGACAUGGUCGGACUGCCGCUGCUAGAUAUAAUGCUGAAAGUGAUCAAGUUUCACAAAGACUUUUAAUACCAGGUGCCAAUGAUCCUAGUUUAUGGCAAGUUCGAGUGAAGAGUGGACGAGAAUAUCAAAUAUGUUCUUCAAUCUUUCGAAAAGUCUUCACUCAUCAAUUCUCCGCUCAACCCAUCGAGGUAUUAUCAUGUUUCUUCCGCGACUCAUUAGACGGUAUGAUCUUCCUCGAAGCUCGACAUAUAUCCGCAGUCAAUCUGGCGAUCAAAGGUAUCAUCGGUGUCUUCCUCGGCAAAGGUGUCAAACGUGUUCCGACUGAAGAAAUGGCACCUUUACUCAAAAUCAAAAAGAAGGAUGUGGAAUUGACUCAGGGAAUGUGGGUACGGAUGAAACGUGGGAAAUAUACUGGAGAUCUAGCUCAAGUGGCCGAUGUCGAUCAACUCACCAGUGGAGUAGUCACCAUCAAGUUUUUACCUCGUAUCGAUCUCACCCCUCGUGAAAAGCGUAAAGAGAGGAAUGCGACCAAUGGGAAAGCUGCAGGUUCUACCAAUCGACCACCUGCCGCCCCAUUCCAAUAUGACGAAGUACGCAAGGUAUAUGGGAAAAACAGUAUUCGUGGAGGACAAGGUGGAUCACAUAUCUUUGAAGGAGACGAAUAUAUUGAUGGGUUUUGUUAUCGAGAUGUUAAACUCAACCUCGUACAAACGGAAGAUGUACAUCCUACUUUGGAGGAAGUAUCCAAAUUCUCAGGAGACGAAACGAACGAAGCGAAAAUUGAUCUAUCCGCCAUUGCAGAUGCCAACAAACACGUCUCAGCAUCUGCUUUGGUACCUGGGGAUAAGGUUGAAGUGCAUGAAGGAGAACAAGCAGGUUUGACGGGUAUAGUCAUUGGUGUUUUGCCGGAUACGAUUUCAAUACGAGCGGAAGGUGGAGAUCUACAUGGUCAAACCAUCGAAGUGCCUGCGAAAAGUGUUCGAAAGAGAUUUGAUGUUGGUGAACAUGUCAAAGUGUUGAAUGGGAAAAACGCAGAUGUGACGGGUAUGGUAGUGGAAGUUAAAGGUGAUAUUGUCACUCUUAUGUCUGAUCAAAAUGAGCGAGAGGUACAAGUCUUUACCAAGGAUAUUCGUCGAGCUGCAGAUCUUGGUGAUUCGACAGUACGCAACAGCGUGUAUGAUCUACACGACAUGAUCAUGCUUGAUUCCACGACUGCAGCUGUCAUCUUCAAAAUUGAUGGAAACGUUCUUCGCGUUUUGGAUCAAAAUGGUACUGUACGGACCGUCAGUCCUCAACAGGUAGCACUUCGAAGAGACAACAAGCAAUAUGCAGUGGCGACGGAUGCCCAAGGGAACGAAAUGCGAGUAGGGAAUUUGAUGAAAGAAACGGAAGGAGAGAAUCGACAAGGAGAAGUCAUCAAUAUUUUCAGAUCCAUCUUUGUUUUUCUCUUCAAUCGUGAUUACGCCGAAAAUGGUCAUGUCUUUGUCGCUCGUGCUCAAUCUUUACUUUCCGUCACACCAAAAUCUUCCGCCAGUGAUUUAGCAAAGAUGAACCCUGCUCUUAAUGCACAAUUACCUUUUGGCGGUGCUAGUCUUAUGCCUCCUCCUAUGGCGACAGUCAACAAGAACCGAUUAGUGAACACUUUGGUCGUGGUGGUCAAAGGAACAAGCAAAGGGUUGAUGGGGAUUAUCAAAGAUGUUCAAGGGGAUAAUGCUAGGGUGGAAUUAAAAACAAACAACAAAACUUUGACUAUCAAUCUGGCUUCGAUCAAACGGAAAGAUCCAAAAACAGGAAAUACUUAUCCAUUGGAAUACGGUGGUGGUACUUUUGGUACGGCCGGUCGUCCUUUAGGAAACUACGAUGUCAAUCCUUACGCUCCACCUACAAACGGAGGAAUGACACCUGGUUAUGCUGUGGGAGGACGUACGCCGGCCGCAAGGUUUGGAGAAACUCCAAAUCCUUAUGCUACAGGAGGGAAUCCUUAUGGUGGUGGUCGAACUCCUGCGUAUGGUCUGGCAGGAGGAGGAAGAACCCCCGCGGCUGGUCUGGCAGGUGGUAAGACUCCAGGUUGGGCAGCGGGUGGUAAAACUCCUGCAAGAGGAUUCGGAGAUGGAGGUAGAACACCUGCGAUGGGAAUGAAUUUGGCAGGUGGGAAAACCCCUAUGCCACAUUCUGGAAUGAAUAUGGGUGGAAGGACUCCAGCUCCAGGAAUGUAUGGAGGUGUGGGAGAUGCAGGUUCUUCUCGCAAUGGUGCUCCCGUCGGUAUCGGUGAACUCACUUGGGAUUGGGCAUUAGAUUUCAGAAAUAUCAUCGUCAUAAUUGGACCUUCAACUCGUAUAGGGACUAGAAAUCCAUUACAUUUUCAAAGAGGUGCUUAUGAUGGUAAAAAAUUCGGAUACGAUCAACCUGAUGGUGAUUCUGAAAUCACUCGUUGUGUUUCUUUAGAAGAUGAAAAUGUUGAAGAAAACAUUCCUGUUGAAUAUCUCAAACCUGCAUAUCCUGAUGGACCAGGUCAAUUGGUGGUCGUCGUAGGUGGUGGGAAUGAUAUAAGAGGACAACAAAGAGUUACUCAAUACGAAAAUGAUGGACAAUGGAUGUUGGAAGCUGAAGAAGGUGAUGAAGGAGCUUUGGUCUUGGAUGCGAGGGGUUUGUGUAGGAUUUGGAGAGUGUGAGUCAGGGUGGGUUUGAAUGCAUUGGUCUUGGUGAC